AUGAUGAGUUUAUUUAGGAAAAAAUGCACCAAUUUGGUCAUUACUCGUUACCAAAAGAGGGAGCUGCGCAUUAAGUGCUGUUAUAAUUUGAGGCGGGAAUUCUCCAGUGGCAAGGCAAGCGGUGGUAAGAUCGGGAAGCGUGACAUCAAGAAUGAGAACUGGGGAGAAAAAGUGCAUUCACAAGUGAAUACAAAGACAAAGAGAAGGUCGACCUUUCCCCCGAGUGUAGACCCGGGUGUAGCCCCGGAUGAAGCCAAAAAUGAGGAAGACCCCAGAGACCUAUAUUUUAACAACAAAGUGAUCGAAAAAAGAGUAGCAGACAUAAUCAUAAAAAACAGCCACAACGAAUCCCUCUUUGGAUUUCUACCCAUGGAAGGGAGAACGAAUAAAGUUCCAAAAGGUUUCAAAAUAUGUCAAUGCCUUUUUUUAUUGGCCCUUUCCAGUGGAGUGUUGUUAAUUCAUAUACUGCCAGAAAUAGGCAGGGAAAAUUACAUACGAGAUAUUUUUUCUUUCGAAAUUUAUUGCUGUUCAUGCAUUUUAGUGUUUCACGGAGGGUUUAAUUCAUUGCUGCAAUUAAUUCAGUAUGGAGUGCCUCCGACGAGAAAGUACAAAGGCUUAUACAACAGCUUACGUUUGAUCUCCUCCAUAAUUCCAUUAUUUUCUGGUUUAAUAACAUCGUCGUUAUGUGAGAGUUUUCCCAAAGAUAGCAUUUUACUUUUAAUGCUAUCGUAUAUGUCCCUGUUGCUGAAUUAUUACCUACUACACAACAAGUGCUUAAUUCCAGCGUGGAUGUUCCGACAGUGCAAGCUUCUAAUUAGCUUCGUUUUAUUUAAUUUGGUUUUG